ACCGGCGCCCCCUCACCUCAGGGCUCUCGGCGCACAGACCAGGCAGGGGUCGGAGGACUCCGAGCCUCCCUCACUGGCCACCCACGUCCCGCCUGCCCUACGUUGCUCCUCGGAGCCCGCGGCCAGGGCCUCACGCCCGAAGCCUCGACGUCGCUGGCUGCGUCUGAAGCGGCGGGUGGUGUGAAGGAGGUCCCCGGAGGCCUUCCUCGCGCCCCCCUGAGCCGGGUGACCGGUGCUCCGCGCCCACGCGCGCUGCCACGCCGCGCCCCGCCCCCUGCUCCCGAGUGACUUCGGACUCUCCAGAGGACACGGCGAGCGGCUGACCUUAUGCCAGACUACGACGAGACGACCGCCUUCCUGGGCGAGUGGGGCCCCUUCCAGCGCCUCAUCUUCUUCCUGCUCAGCGCCAGCAUCAUCCCCAAUGGCUUCACUGGGUUGUCCUCUGUGUUCCUGACAGCGGCCCCGGAGCACCGUUGCCUGAUCCCUGACACGGUGAACCUGACCAGCGCGUGGCGCAACCACAGUAUCCCGUUGGAGACGAAGGACGGGCGGCAGGUGCCUGAGAAAUGCCGCCGCUACCAACUGGACACCAUCGCCAACUUCUCUGCCCUCGGGCUGGAGCCGGGAGUGGACGUGAACCUGACCGAGCUGGAGAAGGAGAGCUGCCUGGAUGGCUGGGAGUACAGCAAGGACGUCUUCCUGUCUACCAUCGUGAGUGAGUGGAACCUGGUGUGUAAGAAUAACUGGAAAGCUGCAUUCGCCACCUCCUGCUUUUAUGUGGGUGUGCUCUUAGGCUCCUUCAUUUCGGGACAGCUCUCAGACAGGUUUGGUCGGAAGAAUGUGCUGUUUUUGACCAUGGGUAUUCACACUGGAUUCAGCUUCAUACAAGUCUUCUCUGUGAACUUGGAGAUGUUUAUAGUGCUCUAUACCAUUGUUGGAAUGGGUCAUAUAUCCAACUACGUGGCAGCAUUUGUCCUGGGGACAGAAAUUCUUUCCAAGUCAAUUCGAAUUAUAUUCGCCACCUUAGGAGUUUGCAUAUUUUUUUCAUUCGGCUUCAUGUUACUGCCUCUGUUUGCAUACUUCAUCAGAGACUGGCGGAUGCUGCUGCUGGCAAUCACUAUGCCAGGGGUGCUGUGUGGGGCUCUUUGGUGGUUCAUCCCCGAGUCCCCCCGAUGGCUCAUCUCUCAAGGACGAAUUAAAGAGGCAGAGGUGAUCAUCCGCAAAGCUGCUAAAACCAAUGGGAUCCUUGCACCUUCCACUAUCUUUGAUCAGAGUGAGUUACAAGACCUUAAACCCAAGAAGGCUCCAUCACAUCAUAUUUUUGAUCUGAUCCGAACCAGAAAUAUCAGGAUCCUCACCAUCAUGUCCAUAAUGCUGUGGAUGACCAUAUCGGUGGGCUACUUCGGACUUUCUCUUGACACUCCUAACUUGCAUGGGAACAUCUAUGUGAACAGCUUCUUUUUGGCGGCUGUUGAAGUCCCAGCCUAUGUGGUGGCCUGGAUCUUGCUGCAGCACGUGCCCCGGCGCUAUUCCAUGUCUGCCUCCCUCUUCCUGGGUGGCAGUGUCCUUCUCUUCAUACAGCUAGUGCCUUCAGACUUACGUUAUUUGUCUACUGUCCUGGUGAUAGUGGGAAAGUUUGGAAUCACCUCUGCCUACUCCAUGGUCUAUGUGUACACAGCUGAGCUGUACCCCACGGUGGUCAGAAACAUGGGUUUGGGGGUCAGCUCCACAGCAUCUCGCCUUGGCAGCAUCCUGUCUCCCUACUUUGUUUACCUUGGUGAGAUAAACCGCUCCCUGCCUUACAUCGUCAUGGGAAGUCUGACCAUCCUGACAGCUAUCAUCACCUUGUUUUUCCCAGAGAGCUCUGGGGCUCCUCUCCCAGACACCAUUGAUGAGAUGCAAAAGGUCAAAACAAUGAAACGUGGGCAAGCCGUAAGCCACAAACACGCCUCAGAAGGCAAGAGAGCCAAAGGCCAGAAACCUGGAAAGCACAGCCGCUCAACACUCCCAGAAGCUGAAAAACUAAACUGAAAGACUGCAUAUUGUCAGAAA